UUACAAUUCCCAAUAGGAACACACUGUUCAAUUACUUUACUUUAUAUAUAUAGUGUAAAAUACACAUAAAGUUAUGCUAUACCAUCAGAUACAGACACCUCCACCAGACUCAGUACCCACCGUCACUCUCUUCUCAUAUUAUUGUCUCCAGACAUCUCCAUUCUCCAGACGAACCCACUUCGACUCUCUCUCUCUUUCUCUCUCUUUGAGCCAUACCCUCUUAUUAAAAAGUUCACUCAUCUUUUGCCUCACAACCUUGGAUUAUCAUGGCUGUUUUAGUGUGUUUAGUGCUUUUCUUAGCACUUACUGGCCAUUCAAGUGCUCUUUACUGCAUAUGUAAGGAUGGGGUAGGUGAUACCCAAUUACAAAAGGCUUUAGAUUAUGCUUGUGGAGCUGGAGCGGAUUGUACUCCAAUCCUCCAAAAUGGUGCUUGUUACCAACCGAACACUGUAAAAGAUCACUGCAGUUACGCUGUGAAUAGCUAUUAUCAAAGAAAGGGUCAAGUUGCUGGAAGUUGUGAUUUUUCAUCAACUGCUACUACUAGUACUAGUCCCCCUUCAACUGCAACUUCUACCUGUGUCUAUCCUGCUUCUUCAAGCACUGCUGGGACUAGCACAACUCCAACUACAGGCGCAACCCCAGGCACAAGCACAGGAACAGGCACUGGCACUGGCACCGGCACCGGCACCGGCACUGGCACUGGCACUACAGCAGGUGUAACUCCAACUCCAUUUGUAGGGUUGGGGCCAACCGGAAGUGGAACUGGCCUUGACAAUAAUGGUGUGACUUCCAUUGCAGGCACCACCAAAUUGUUCUUUGCUUCUCUGACUUCAGGCCUAAUAUUCUUGCUGCUGUGGGUUUGAAAGAAGAGAUGGGGAAAGGGAGAAAAAAAUGUCAAAUUGGGGUUUGAUGUGCGGAUGAGAUUUUGCCGUGGUUGGAUGGGUAGACAUGUAAUUUUUCACAGUGGGAUUGUGUAGGGGAUCAUCUAGAGGCAAACCCCACUAGGGUUUUUCUUUUUCUUUACUUUUGUUUCUUUCUUUCUUCUCUCCUAUGAGAAAAAGAAGGUGUGGGAAUGGAUUCCCUAUUCCCUAUUGAGUGGUGAUAUGACCUUUUGCUGUUGGGACAGAACCCCUCAUCUCUUCUUCUUUUCAGAUUCUUUUUUCUUUCUGUUCACUUUGUAUAUUUAGAGAGGUAGCAGUAUUUUUUUUCUUCUUUUUAAUCUAAUGGGACAAUUGGUACUCA